AUGACGUGGAGGAGCCCUCUGGCCCUGGUGAGGGAUGCUCUGAGAGGUCAGAGGGCUCGGGAGAGAGACCUCCGCAACUUGGUGUCCAAUCUGCCUUAUGAGGGCCUGGAACAGGGGAAACAACCCAACCGCUACUUCCCUGGCAAUGCCAUCAAGACCACCAAAUACACCCUCCUCCUCUUCAUCCCCAUGAACCUCUUUGAGCAGUUUCACCGCUGGGCCAACAUCUACUUUGUGGGCCUGGCUAUACUUAACUUUGUCCCUGUGGUGAAUGCCUUCCAGCCCGAGGUAGCUUUGAUCCCCAUCUGUGUCAUCAUGUCUCUGACGGCUCUGAAGGACGCAUGGGAGGAUUUCAGGAGGUACCUGUCGGACAGGAAGCUCAACAACACGCCGUGCUUCAUCUACAGCAGGAAAGAGAAACAGUUUAUGGAGAGGCGUUGGAAGGAUGUGAGAGUGGGAGAUUUUGUGAAGGUGGUUUGCAACGAGAUCGUCCCUGCAGACCUCCUGCUCCUGCACACAUCAGACCCCAACGGUGUGUGUUUCAUAGAGACGGCCAACCUGGAUGGAGAGACCAACCUGAAGCAGAGGAAGGCGAUGUCUGGCCUCUGCAUCUCGGACCCUGAAUUUCAACCUGAAAGCCUUGACAGCGCCGUGGUGUGUGAAAAGCCAAACAACAAUCUGAACCAUUUCAAGUGUUAUGUAGAGAAACCCAAUAAGGAAAAGGUGGGUGCUGGAAUUGGGAGUCUGCUGCUGCGAGGCUACACAAUGAGAAACACGGACCACGCUGUUGGCUUUGUGGUGUAUGCAGGCCAUGAAACCAAGUCCAUGCUCAACAAUAACGGGUCGAGAUACAAGCGCAGCAAACUGGAGCAGAAGCUGAACGUAGACCUCCUCUUCUGCGUCAUUCUCCUCUUCACCUUGUGUCUCGUCGGAGCAACAGGUCACUUCCUAUGGCUGCAGGCGCUGCCCGGUGUGCCCCCUUACCUGGUCCCCUUCAGCGACGGUCACCUGGACAGUCCCAGUCUGUCUGGGUUCUACAUGUUCUUCACCAUGAUCAUCCUGCUGCAGAUCCUGAUUCCUAUCUCCCUCUAUGUGUCCAUUGAGUUGGUGAAGAUUGGUCAGAUCUUCUUCAUCACUAAUGACAUCGACUUAUACGAUGAAGAGACAAACAGCCGCAUACAGUGCAAGACCCUGAACAUCACAGAGGACCUGGGACAGAUUGAAUACGUCUUCUCCGACAAGACUGGCACCCUCACUGAGAACAAGAUGGUGUUUCGCAGAUGCUCCAUCAUGGGCGCCGAGUACCCACACAAAGAGAAUGCCAUCCGCCUAGCUGUCCUUGAAGAACCAGAAUCAGGGGAGGAGGUCAUCUUCAGUCAGCGGCCACAACCUGCUAAGACUGGAUGGUCCCUGGAUUCUGAGAACACCAGUCCUCAGGACACACAACAUGGCCAUGGCAGCCAACACAAGAAGAAGGACUCAGGAAAUGCCCAGAGCGAUGUGGCCUUCAGCAGUCCACUGGAAACUGAGGUGAUUCCAGACAGGAAGCUGCUUCAGCAGAUUAGCAGGGCAGAGUGCAGCAGCAGCCGGAAGAUAGAUCCUUACCUGGACUUUUUUCUGGCUCUCGCCAUUUGCAACACGGUGGUGGUUUCCAUGGCAACAGCUCAGAGACAGAGGCGCAAGCCCAGGAGAAAUCGUACCAUGUCAGAGGACUCAGUCAUAGAGGAGGAUCAUUUCAACCCCCGUAUAAAAAUGGAGGUGUCUGGAGACAUUAGUCGGCUCCAAACACAUUCGCUCCACACUCCAUCCGAGUGUAACAAGCCUGCACUGUCCUUAGAUAAUCUCAGAUAUGAGGCGGAGAGUCCAGAUGAGGCAGCCCUGGUGUACGCAGCCAAAGCAUAUGGCUUCAAUCUGCUGGCCCGUACGCAUGACAGCGUGACUGUGAGGCUCCCGUCUGGGGAGGACCUGGUGUUUGAGGUGCUUGAUACCUUGACCUUUGACUCCAAUAGGAAGAGAAUGUCUGUUUUGGUGCGACACCCAAUCACCAAAGAGUAUGUGCUGUACACUAAAGGUGCAGACUGCGCCAUCAUGGAGCUACUUGGUACACCAUACACGGGUAUGUGCAGGAAUCAGAAGAAUAUUGCAGCCGAUACUCAGCAUCAUCUUGACUGCUAUGCCAAAGAGGGGCUGCGUACACUUUGCUUUACAAAAAAGGUUGUGAGUAACAAGAUGUAUGAAAGCUGGUCAGUGAACAGACAGAGAGCUCUGGCUGCUAUAGACAACAGAGAGGAGCUUGUUAUGGACACUGCUGUGCAGCUUGAGAAAAACCUCUCCCUGCUAGGGGCAACAGGCAUUGAGGACCGUCUGCAGGAGAGUGUCCCAGACACCAUCAUGGCACUGCGGGAGGCAGGGAUCCAGGUGUGGGUGCUGACUGGUGACAAGCCAGAGACAGCUGUCAACAUCGGCUAUGCCUGCAGGCUACUGGAAGAGGAAGACCUGGUGAUUAGCAUGAGCUGCAACAACAAGAUCACGUGCACCUCCAUCAUCAACUGUACACUGGAAGAGAUGAGGAGGUACAGCGCAGACCCUCGUAACGUGGAUACAACCCAAGAUAUCUCCCUGGUGAUCGAUGGGCGCACCCUGACCAUGGCCCUAUCGUCGGAUCUGCAGGACCGCUUUGUUGAUCUGGCAAAGCGCUGCCGCUCUGUGCUCUGCUGUAGAGUCACACCCUUACAGAAGAGUGCAGUGGUGAAGGUGGUCAGGGAGAAACUCAAAGUCAUUACACUUGCUGUGGGUGACGGUGCAAAUGAUGUCAACAUGAUCCAAGCAGCUGAUAUCGGCAUUGGGAUAUCCGGUCAGGAGGGCAUGCAGGCGGUCAUGUCGAGUGAUUUUGCUAUAUCUCGCUUCAAACACCUGAAAAAACUUCUCCUCGUUCAUGGACAUUGGUGCUACAGUCGGUUGGCCAACAUGAUCAUUUACUUCGUCUAUAAGAAUGUGGCUUACGUGAACCUGCUCUUCUGGUAUCAGUUCUUCUGCGGCUUCUCUGGCGCUGCCAUGAUCGACUACUGGCUACUGAUUUUCUUCAACCUCUUCUUCACUUCUGUACCGCCCAUCAUGUUUGGGAUAAUGGACAAAGACGUUUCUGCAGAGAUGCUGCUGGGUGUUCCCGAACUGUACAGGACCGGACAGGGUGCAGGGGAAUACAACUUUGUAACGUUCUGGGUCUCCAUACUCGAUGCCUUCUAUCAGAGUCUGGUGUGCUUCUUUAUUCCAUACUUGGCUUACCAGGAUUCAGACAUUGAUGUUUUUACCUUUGGAACUCCUCUGAACACAAUUUCUUUAUUUACUAUCCUGCUGCAUCUGUCAAUAGAGAUCAAAGCCUGGACGGGGGUUCACUGGUUUACCAUGCUGGGCAGCGUGGCGCUGUACUUCAUUGUGACACUUAUCUACAGCAGCUUCUGCGUCACCUGUAACCCUCCUUCCAACCCAUACUGGAUCCUCCAGGACCAGAUGGGCGACCCCAUGUUCUACCUUAUCUGCAUCAUCACUACUGUGGUGGCCCUGCUGCCCAGGUACACGUUUCACGUGCUGAGGAACUCUAUCGCCCCCACCCUGCUCAUGCAUGCCAGGCAUCUGGACCGGCUGGACCCCUCCACAAGGGACAAGUGGAUCAAGGAGUGGAGGAGCUUCAGGGUCAGAGGGCAGGUCAAACGCUCCAGGCUGUCUACCCCACCCUCUCCCACCCUGGAGACCCCUGUGGACAUUUAUCCCCAGUCUCCCACCACCUCUGAAAUCAUGGGGGAUGAACUCACACAGAACGUCAGCCCUGAAAACUAUCAGAGGCCUCUACACAAAUGA